AAUUCGCCAGCGCAAACCGGUGUAGAUUUCCCCUUAAAAAGUAAACCGGUGUAGUUUUAAGAAAUUCGCUGUACUGAACCGAUUUAAAAAUGAGGCACACCGGUUUACUUUUUUUCGACCAUGAUAGCGAGGUGGUCGAUAAAUACCGAUCAUGAUUCGUCCCCACCGUAAACAUGAUAUUUCUCCUUAUUUAAUUUGUUAUCACGUUAACAUUAUUAGUUAUCACGGUUGUUUAAAUUUAAAAUUCUAAAUAUAUCUUUUUGUUAAUAAUAUGGAAACUUCCGAUAAUAUGGUUAAUAAUAAUUUUUUUAUUAAUAAAUUAUUAAUUUAAUAUCAAACAAUCAAAGUAAUCAAAAUCAAACUAUCAAAGACCAAAGUGAGAAAAACCAGACAAGCUGCCGAAAAAGUGCAUUUAUAUAAUUAAUAUGGAGAACUUCGAAGUUUCAUUCAAUAUGAAUGAUUAUAUUACAGUAGGUACUAGUGAUAUGAUUGAAACAUUUGAAACUGAAGGUUCUAUUGAAGAAGAAUUCGUGGAUGUUUUGCCUGAUGAAAAUGAUGUUCAAGAAACAAGUGCAUGGACAGCAUCAUCAACAAAAAUGCUGAUUUGCUUAAGAGGGCAAUAUAAUGCCCAGUUUGACAAGUCCAAAAAGAAAGGACAAAAAGCAUUAAUUUGGAAAAAAGUUACUGAUGAGAUGAAGCAGGUGGGUUAUUAUUUUGGCGCAAGCCAGUGUGACGAAAAGUGGAGACGUUUGUUGUCUCGUUAUCGUCAAGUAAGGGAUUCAUCAAAAAAAUCAGGAAGUGAUGGCAUUAAAUGGCAGUAUUUUGAGGUGAUGAGAGAUGUCCUUUCGCCAUUGGCAAGGCAAGCUGUUUCUCCUCCAAAAGAUUUAUUACACGAAUCUUCUGAUGGUCAAUUGGCAUCCAGUUCUAGUACAACGUUGAUUCCUACACCACAAAUUGAAGUUUUAGCUUCUACUUCAAUACAAAAACCAACAUCGUGUAUAGAUAAAAUUACACAGCCAAAAGCACCCGUCUGGUUUCAACAAUUUGAAGGUUUAAAAAAUAAACAACUUGAUGCAAUUAAUAAAAAUGCAACACAACUUAAUGAUCGAUUUGACAAAUUAGAAAAAAGAGAAGAAGCCAUGUUGCUGAUACAGGAACAACUUGUAAGCAAGUUGAAUGAAGCCAACAAUAUAGAGUUACAAAAGUUGGAACUUUUUAAACAAAUGUUUAAUUUAGGUUAAUGUUGACAUUUAGGUAUAUAAUAUAUUAUAUUAUAUUAUAUUGCUAUCACCUAUAAACAGUUACUAUUAUCUUUGUUUUUUUAUUAAUUCUAUAUAUAUAUUUUUAUUUAUUUUGCUAUUCUAUAGGGUAUAGUAAAAUAAGUGU